GCAGUUUAAGGAAGAUUUGUUUCAAUAAUUACUUGUAUUGUCACAUAGAUUCAUUAUAGCAGGAUCAGUGACCGACUGAAUUUAUAGAAGUAAACAUGUGUCGAAUACUCUUUGCCGCUGUUUUCCUAGUAUCCAUAUGUAGUGUUUUCUCUGCGCAUGAAUGUCAACGAACACCAUCGAUACUGGCACAAAGAGCAUCAGUCAUGGUGAAGUUUACAGAGACGGUUGACACGACUCUGCGUUAUCCAAAUGAUUCCGAGGAUCUGGUCAACGAAUUUGGAAGUGAUUUGAACACCUAUUUUCAUGAUCUCCGCGAAGGUUGCAAUAGUACUGAAUAUUUAAAUAUAACGGCCUUUAUCGACCUCGUGAAAUUCAGUUUACGGAAUAACACAUUCAGAGUAAUCAUUGAUGAUCAGGAUUGUAUAAAAAGCAUAGAAAGAAACAUAAGUCAUUGCGUAGAGAGCAACGCGGGAGUCUGGAAUAUUUCUUCGAAAAAAAAACAUACGCACUGGCUUACUAAAGUGAGAUUGAAUUAUGAUACUAUGACCUGCCGUGUCGCUGAAUUAGUGAAAAACUGUGUGUCUGUGCGCCUAAAUUAUUGUAAACCGCCCGUUGCAAAAUAUGUGACCUCACUAUUCGAUUUUACUCUCAAAAACUGUCCUGAGCCUACGAAUAAAACUUCUCCAAAUAAGGCGCCGAAGUUGUCGGAACCGGUAACCAUAACUUUAGGACUGGGAGCUGUUCUUUUGAUGCAACUCACACACCUGUUGCGAAACUAAGCCACACCAUAAAAUAACAAUAAUUUACUUACCUACAGGAUGGACAUUAAACAUUGUGUUCGAUAUGUUAUUUAUAAUUUUGUUACCAAAGAAAAAUAAAAUAUUUAUGUACGGCUAUUUUUAUUAAAAAUUAUAUUUCUAAGAAUAUUUUUUAUCUAUGUGUCAAUUAUUUAUAGGUAUGAUAAGUAAUCAAUAAUUGCCAUCUGGCUUUUUAAAAGUUGGUGUUUAUGAUUACUUAUUAUAAUUAAAAGUAUUAAGAUUAGGUUUUUAUUAAUAAUUUGUUUCAAUUUAUUGAAAUAGUUUAAGUAGACAUUACUGACUCAAUACCAUUGACACAUUAUAAAAUUAGCAGAAUCAACCCCCAUUUCUCGAGCUCUGCCUAUAUCUUGCAAAGCACUCUCACAAAAAAAUGAAGAGUUAGCCUGUAUUCCAUUCAGUUCCUGAGUGGACCUUUCUUCUAUUAUAUACAAUUUAUUUUUUUCUCUAUUUCUCUCGAAUACUGUGGAUCAGGUUCUGUGACAUUAUUUGAAAUAGAUACCUACCUAUGAGGCUAUGAGUGGUCUGUUCCGUUAAUUUUUGGUCCCACCGUUUAUAUUAGGAAUAUUAUAUCCUUGGACUCAAUUAAAUUAAAUAAACAUUUAAUUUAAUAAAUAAAUAAAUAUUUAAUUUAAUUAAUAAAUAAAUAUUUAAUUUAAUUAUGUAAUUAAUUUUAAAUUAUAUUUGAGGUGUUACAACAAUUAAAUCAGUAUUGCUAGAAUGUACCUACUGUUUUAUUUCUCCAGCAUUUGUAAUCAUAUUUAUACAAAUAUUUUAUUUUCUGUACUUAUUCAACAAGUUAAGUGUAAGUAAAUGUACUUUUUAAACUAAUAAACACAGUUAAUUUCUUA